CCCUUCGGACCUGGCUCUGACCAUACAGAGACCUGAUAGACGCUUUCCAGACAGAGCGACCGAGCCUUUUCUCUCCUGGCAUCCCACAGCCUACUCUUCUCGACUAACUGCGGCCUCUGGCCAGAUUUCACCCUGAAAGGAUGCUCCAGACCUUGUAUGAUUACUUCUGGUGGGAACGUCUGUGGCUGCCUGUGAACUUAACCUGGGCUGACUUAGAAGACCGAGAUGGACGGGUCUACGCCAAAGCCUCCGACCUGUAUAUCACACUACCCCUGGCCUUGCUCUUCCUCAUCGUUCGAUACUUCUUUGAGCUUUAUGUGGCUACACCACUGGCUGCCCUCCUCAAUGUAAAGGAGAAAACUCGGCUGCGGGCACCUCCUAAUGCCACCUUGGAGCAUUUCUACCUGACCAGCGGCAAGCAGCCUAAGCAGGUAGAAGUAGAGCUUUUGUCCCGUCAGAGUGGGCUCUCUGGGCGCCAGGUAGAACGCUGGUUCCGCCGCCGUCGCAACCAGGACCGGCCCAGUCUCCUCAAGAAGUUCCGAGAAGCCAGUUGGAGAUUCACAUUUUACCUGGUUGCCUUCAUUGCCGGAAUGGCCGUCAUUGUGGAUAAGCCCUGGUUCUAUGACAUGAGGAAAGUUUGGGAGGGAUAUCCCAUACAGAGCAUCAUCCCUUCCCAGUACUGGUACUACAUGAUUGAACUUUCUUUCUACUGGUCACUGCUCUUCAGCAUUGCCUCUGAUGUCAAGAGAAAGGAUUUUAAGGAACAGAUCAUCCACCAUGUGGCCACCAUUAUCCUCCUUAGCUUCUCCUGGUUUGCCAAUUACCUCCGAGCGGGAACUCUCAUCAUGGCUCUGCAUGACUCUUCAGACUACCUGCUGGAGUCAGCCAAGAUGUUCAACUACGCUGGAUGGAAAAAUACCUGCAACAAUAUCUUCAUCGUCUUUGCCAUUGUUUUUAUCAUCACUCGACUGGUCAUCUUGCCCUUCUGGAUCCUGCACUGCACCCUGGUGUACCCGCUGGAGCUCUAUCCUGCCUUCUUUGGUUAUUACUUCUUCAAUGCCAUGAUGGGAGUGCUGCAGACGCUGCAUAUCUUCUGGGCGUACCUCAUUUUGCGCAUGGCCCACAAGUUCAUAACUGGAAAGCUGGUAGAAGAUGAACGCAGUGACCGCGAAGAAACAGAGAGCUCAGAGGGGGAGGAGGCUACAGCUGGGGGAGGAGGCAAGAGCCGGCCCCUAGCCAAUGGCCACCCCAUCUUCAGUAACAACCAUCGUAAGAAUGACUGAACCAUUGUCCCAGCUGCCUCCCAGAUUAACGCAGAAAGCCAAGGAACUAGCCAACCUUCCUCAUAGGGUCACUUCAAGCUCUGGGGAGAUCUACAGAGAAGGGGAAAGGAGACUUCUGUGUUCUUUCUCCUCUGUCACCCUGUUGCCUUUAAACCAAAUUCUAACCAGCCCGUCCUCAUAGAGGAGACUGGUUAUAUCCUGUAUUAGAGGGGAAUGGUUUUAGUGUCCUUUCUGUUCACUAUUAUCCUUUCUAUAGCUUUUGAGAUCCCUACUCAGCUCUGGGAGUGGGGGUAUGAUCCACAUUCCUUGUUCUAGAGAAUUUGGCCCUGUUUGCCUUUGACUCCCUGAAUGCCACAGCCAGGGUCGUGCCUUACUGUCCCAUCCGUGGGCCUCAUUCUGCCAAAGCUGGACCAAGGCUCACUUUUCUAAGCUUCCUGACUUGGGUCAGAAACCAAAGCUAAACUGACUCUUAACUUUUUCCAACUUUUUUCCUAAAGACGGAACAGACUGUGUAUAGGAGGGUACGCAGCACCCUUACCCUACUUCUGCCAACAAGUGGGGUAAUACUGGGGACUGCUCAGAUGGUCGUGCUGCUUACUUCUCUGCCAGCUGUCCCUAUGGCCACAAGUCCAAGGUCUUCCAACUUCUCCUUUCUGUCCUCUUUUCUUCAGCUAGGCUAGCUGGUUUGGAGUAGAAUGGCAACUAGUUCUAAUUUUUAUUUAUUAAACAUUUGGAGUUUUGGUUUUAAAGCCAGAAUUACAGCUAGCACCUGGCAUUUCAGCAGAGGGACCAUUUCAGACCAAAAAUGUACUGUUAAUGGUUUUUUUAAUUAAAAUAUAUUAAAGAUUAAAUAAAACGUGGCAACAAGGAUCAGACUAUUAGGAACUGAUGAGGAAUUAACUAAAUAAACUAAGAUAGUUUUUCUUA